AUGUAUGGCGAUGGAACUAUGAUCAAUCAGGUUUGUUUAGAGUUUCAAGUCUUAAAAAAAAUACUAAGUUCACAUAAUAGAGUUCAGCCCAUUAGAGUAUUUGAUUGGAAUAACUGGGUACCGAAGAAGGUGGCAAUUGUGGCAUGGAGAGCGGAAAUGGAACGGUUACCGACUAAAUGUGCACUAUCGAAUCGGAACAUCAAUGUUCAGAAUCGUUUUUGCUCAUUAUGCGGUGAUUUUGAUGAGACUAGUGAACAUCUACUUGUGGCGUGUCAUUUUGCCCAAGUCAUCUGGAAAAAUAUUGCGUAUUGGUGUAAGAUACCUCUAAUCAUUGCUUUUGACAUUAAGGAUCUUCUAGUCUUGCAUGGGUUCAGUCCGGGUUCGAGGAAAAGGAAAAAAACUCUAUAUGCUAUCAUUCUAGUAGCAAUUUGGAGUAUUUGGAAAAUGAGAAACGAGGUUACAUUUGGACAAGCAAUUCCGAACACCACAAAAGUUCUAGACGAGGUGAAAUCAAUGGCCUUCUUGUGGGUAAAAAAUCGGUCAAAGGAGGUGACUCUAUCGUGGGAAAAUUGGAGUCGGUUUAGUAUCUUUAGCUAA